AUGCUUUCGAAGUAUUUAAGUGAUGUGGAGAAGCUGGAAGGAUUGCCCGUUGCUCCUUUUAUGGACCGGGAAAAAGUCACCAAAUCAUCGUCUCAGAUGGGCUUUAUCAAAUAUGUUCUUCUUCCUCUCUUCGAAGCUCUGGGAGAAUUAUUUCCAUGUAUAGAGGAGCAGAUUAUAGAACCUGUUCGUAUAGGUCUGAAGUACUACACAGACAUGCACAGCGCACAACAGGAAGAACUAAUUAAGAGGCGGGGUAGCCGGGAACUCACUGGAGAACUCACAGACGAACUCAGGUCUGCGUUAGACAUGCCAAAGAUUGAAGAGACAGAAAUCGCUUCCCCGGCAGGUGCCAGUUAUAGUAAACCAGAGAACGGAAAAAUCAAAUCCUGAUACUGAUUAUGUUGUUGGCAUGAAAUUGGGGGAAUAAUUAUUUGCCAAAAAAGGUUGAAGUAAGCAAUCAACCAAUGUAUAUUAUUGCAAACUGAUUGAAGGACAACAUUAUUUGCCCAAAAAAGGCAAAAGCAGCAGACCAACAGUGAGUUAUAUUCGCUGAAAAAAAAGAGAAAAACAAAGCAAAAAUGGUUUCUUAUGGAGAGUGAAAAUGUUAAAAUCAUUUGAACAAAAGAGUAGGUGACCAAGAAGCAGAAGUGUAAUCUUUUUAUAUGCUGCAGUAUGCUAGCCAGUUUAGAAACUUGAGAUGUAUCCAUAGAUACCAGCAACUUAUUUUUAAGAAAGAAGUUGGGACACAAGGGUUUGCUUGUAAAAUCUUGGUCGAGGGAAAGGAACAAUUCUUUCACCAAGUUACACUUCACUGCCGAAGGAAGCGGGUAAUGAUGGACAAAAAAAUGUCUCUUCACCAUUCAAACUGAAAUUAAAUGUAGAGAUGUUUGUGUGAUGAACAGUGAAACUGGCCCCAGCUUCACAAAAAAACUUGUCUAAGAACUUAAUUACCAUGGUUACAUGGUCACAUGGGCACAUCUUACCCUAUCAGGAGUAGUGUAA